AUGUUAUUUGAAAAUUUAAGAUCUCUAUCGACUGUCAAAAGUUCUUCAUUUUCUUUAACCUCUUUUCAAAAUGAUUCUAAUAUUUUAUCUAGUCAAGGAAUUAAUCAAAUUUCGGCUAGUUUUAGAACUUUAGAUCAAAAUGGUAGAUACCCAAAAAAGUCUAAUAAACUAGGUAAUUAA